UACUUCCACCUGCAGCCUAGGCGACGGUGGCGCGGUUGCCAGGCGACGAGCGAGUCCUGUCAAGGAGACCGCAGCUUUAGCCAUAGCAACAGAUUAAGAAGCCCAGUAAGACCGAUAAAAUAAUUAAAACAUAAAUAAAGACACAAGGUCUCACUGAGGUCGAGUGUAAAGCGUCUGAAAGCAGUUUGCAAUGCCGGGAACAAGCAGCGCUGAUGGGAUCAGACCCCCUCUGCACGAACAGAUUGCAGAGCUGCAGAGGAAAAUACAGCUUCUGGAGGGUGACAGGAAAGCCUAUUACGAGAGCUCCCAAUGGACCAUCAAGAAAAACAAGGAGAGCAUUCUGCAGCUCCGGAAGGAGAACAAACAGUUGCACAAGAAGCUGGCCGAGACGCUGGCAGGAGACGACCGUGUGAUAAAGGAUGCCUUUUGCAACCGCAAUGUUGAGAAGAAUGAACUGCGCAACAAGACUGGAAAGGCUGCGAUUGAGAUCGUGGAUCACAAGGUGUGCGACAAGAUCAAGCGCCUGAACGCGCUGAAGCACGACACGGAGACUCGCCGGCGCCGCCUGCAGGAACUGCAGCGGGAGUACAACAGGAAGGUGCAGGAGAGUCAGGGCUCGUCGCUGGCCCAGGCUGAGAUGGAGGAGUCCAAGAAUGAAGGGGAAAGCCCAGCCGAGCAGCCCCAGCAGAAUCUGCGCUCUCUGGAGAACCGGCUGGAGAAGGCUCAGCUGAAAUGCCAGGAAGCCGAGCACAUCAUGAAGGUCUACCUGAAACUGAAGGACCAUCUCCAGGAGGAGAGCCUGACCUUCCAGAAUAAGCUGGACAGCAUGGAGGCUGAGAUUCUACGCCAGAGACAGGAGCUGAGAGAGCUGCAGGUCAUGAACAGCGAUGCACAGCUCUCCAAGGACAGAGCCAAGGCUGAGCUGCAGCACCAGGAGGAGGUGGUGUACAGAGAGCGGCGGCAGAGAGACAAGAUCCUGAACGAGUUGAGGAAGCAGGCUGAGGAGAGGAAAGCCCAGGCUGAGCGCGUGGAGAGGAGGGCUCAGCGUGCGAUUAUGCAGCCGGACGAUCAGAGCACAGAGGCUCAGCGCAGCGGCGUCGAGGAAGAGAACACCGUCACCACCUUUGAGGAGGCCUUCGAGCGCAUCAAAGAGGCAACUGGGGUCACCAACACACAGGAGGUGGUGGAGCGAUUCGUCUCGCAGGGAGACACCCAGCGCCACCUGGAGCUGCUGAAGGCGGAGAAUGAGAAGACUCUGGAGCGGCUGAAGGAGGAGAGGGAGAAGCUGCGGGCAGACUUCCAGGAGAUGAAGUACUCGGGCGAGGCCAAGCUCUCCAGUGGUCAGCAGAUGCUGGAGGAGUUUGCUUCUCACCUGCGAGAGGAGGAGAAGCGCAGAGACGAGGCCAGAGAGCGUCUGGACAGACUGAGCCGAGUCCUGAGCACCGUGCGGGCCGGAGUGGAGCACCUGCGGGACAAGCUGCAGCACGUCAAGAUCCCCAGGGGCCACGUGCCAGCGGCCCAGCUCCCCCCCUCUUCAGAGGAAUAUGUGCUGGAGCUGCUGUCUGUGUCCGAGCAGAAGCUGCUGCAGCUACUGGAGGAGCUGCAAGGCAAAGAUCUGAACGGCAUCCUGAAAGAGAUGGAAGAGGAGGAGUUCAACGCCAGCAUUGAAGGCAAGCUGCCAGCAUACAACAUGAGGAUCACGCUGCCAGAGUCCCACAAGCAGGACCUGUUUGACGAAGACGACGAGAGCAGCGAUGAGGACCCUGACGUCAUCUCUCGCACCAUGCUGAAGCGACAGUCCCAGCAAAUCAUAGACUCCCGGACCAAGAGAAAGGCACGCCCCAAGAAGAAAAAGGGCAAGCAGUAGGGUGGCUGGGCAGCACAGAGAACCAGGGGGAGGGCUCUGCUAAAUGUCUCAAGCGUUGUGUUUUCAAACACGCUCGCUGGUUAAAGAUACCUGUUUCCACGCCGUGCUUUCAGACAGUGCUUCCCUUGCAUGCUCUUUUCACACGGAGACAGCCCCCCCACCCCUUCACCGGUUUCUUUCCAGCUGAUUCCCCUGCUGACUGACAUGCUUCCAGCCAGUAACAUGACCCUGGAGACACAGCCCUGGUGAAGUGACCCAGGAAGUGGAAGCUGUGCUGAGAAUAAGGAAGAGCAACUGAGAAGUUUCUUUAGUACCAAAUAUCCAGUUUUUAAAAUGAAAAAACAAAACAUGUGCGCUGUAACAUUUCAUUCAGAGCAUGUGAGACCCCUGUAGCUAAUAAGUGUAAACUGGGUAAGAUUCAUAGAAUUAUUUUGUUAGCUGUAAAAAUCUACAAGUGUACAAAUUAAACUGAUGAGUAAAGGUAAACACAGUAUGUAUUUCAGGAGUGUUGUUAUUAAAGUUUUUGGAAAUCUUCA